CACCAACCUUCUACUAUAAAUACCCAUCCAUCAUAAGUUCCUAAUAAUAGAGUAUUAGCAACAGCAGACAUGGCCACACAUAAAUCUCUCUCCCUUUCUUUUCUCAUCUUUUUACUACCCUUUCUUUCUUCCCAUAUAACUUCAUUUACAACGGCAGCACCAGCACCGACCCUCUCAGAAACAGAGGCUCUGAUGAAAUGGAGAGCUAGCCUCUCACCAGCACAAGCUCUCCAUUCAUGGUCGCUUCCUGCUGCUAAUGCUACCACCAACACAAUCUCUCCAUGCAAAUGGAUUGGAAUCUCAUGCAAUGGUUUUGGAAGGGUUCUAGGGAUAAGCUUACCAAGUGCAGGCUUGCAAGGUAACCUUGAUAACUUGAGCUUCCUAUCAUUUCCAACCCUCCUUCAUCUCAAUCUCAAUAACAACAACCUCACUGGAACCAUCCCAACCCAUAUUGGCACUCUUUACAAACUCACAUCCCUCAAUCUGUCCAAAAAUAAAAUAAGUGGAUCAAUACCUCUGGAAAUAGGAAAUCUUGUAAAUUUGAAUAAGCUAGACUUGUCCAUUAACCAUCUAGCAGGUUCCAUCCCUUCCACUUUAGGUAACUUGACAAAGCUUUCCAUCUUGUUCUUGGACCAAAAUCAAAUAUCAGGCUCCUUUCCUCCACAGAUUGGGAAUCUGCAAGACCUCAUUCAAUUGAAGUUGUCCCAAAACAAUCUGACUGGUCCAAUCCCUCCUGUUUUAGGUAAUUUGAGCAACCUUGUGAUUUUGCAUCUCUGCAAUAACCAAUUUUCUGAUUCAAUUCCACCAGAAAUAGGGAAUUUGGUUAAUCUCAAGGAGCUUGACAUGUCCAGUAACGUUUUAACAGGUUCUAUCUCUUCGAUUUUAGGGAACUUGUCCAUGCUCACUGUCUUUCAUCUGUUUGAAAAUGAAUUAUCUGGUUUAAUUCCUUCAGAGAUAGGAAAUCUAAAGAAUCUGGUUGAGCUAGAAUUGUACAAAAACAAUCUGAUUGGUCCAAUCCCUCCUGCUUUAGGUAAUUUGAGCAACCUUGCACUUUUAUAUCUCCACAACAACCAAAUUUCUGGUUCAAUUCCACUAGAAAUAGGAAAUCUGGUUAAUCUGAAAGAGCUUGACAUGUCCAGUAACCUUCUAACAGGUUCUAUUCCUUCUACUUUGGGGAAUUUAACCAUGCUCACGUAUUUCCGUUUAUUCGAAAAUCAGAUUUUAGGUGGAAUUCCUGCAGAAUUAGGGAAACUGAAGAAUUUGAUUAAGAUGUCAUUGGGGAUUAACAAUCUGACUGGUCCAAUCCCUCCUACUUUCGGAAAGUUGAAAAAACUUACUUUCUUGGGCCUUACUUACUGCAAAUUAUCUGGUUCCUUGCCUCAAGAAAUGAGAAACAUGACAAAUCUUUCUCAACUCCACUUGGGCGACAACAGCUUCUCUGGUUAUUUACCUCAGUUAUGCAAAGGUGGAUCUCUUCAAGUAUUCACUGCAUUAAACAACAAUUUCAAUGGUGAGAUCCCGAGAAGCUUCAAAAACUGCACUAGCUUAAUUAGAGUGCGACUCAACAGAAACCAAUUAACUUCAAAUGUAUCUGAAGCCUUUGGUGUAUACCCACAUCUCAUAUUCAUGGAUGUCAGUGACAAUAUGUUGUUUGGAGAACUUUCAUCGAAUUGGGGAGAAUGCCGAAACUUGACAAUGUUACAAUUCUCCGGGAACAUGAUCACAGGUGAAAUUCCUCCAGAGAUUGGGCAGUUGAAACAUCUGCAAUUGCUUGAUCUUUCUUCGAAUCAUCUAGUUGGUCAGAUUCCUAAGGAAUUUGGGAGGCUGACUUCUUUGUUCAAAUUGUUUUUAAAUGAUAACCAGCUUUCCGGUCAGGUACCACAAGAGAUUGGAAAACUAUCCAAUUUGGAGGUUCUUGAUUUGGCAAUGAAUCAUCUAAGUGGUCCAAUACCAUCUCAAUUAGGGGAUUGCUCCAAACUCCAGAAUCUGAAAUUGAGCAAAAAUAGUUUGAAUGGAAGCAUUCCUUUUCAGAUCGGAAACCUAGUAUACCUACAGGGCUUACUAGAUCUAAGUCAUAAUUCCCUCAGUGGAGAAAUAUCAGCACAACUUGCGAAAUUGAUUAGGCUGGAAAAUUUAAACCUCUCCCACAACAUGCUGUCAGGCUCCAUUCCACACUCUUUUGAAGGGAUGUUCAGCUUGCAAUCCAUUGAUUUUUCAUAUAAUGCCUUGGAAGGUCCUCUGCCCAACAACAAAGCCUUUCAAAACGCUCCUGCAGAGGCAUUCAUAAAAAAUAAGGACCUAUGUGGUAAAGUGCAAGGUUUGCAACCUUGCAAUACCUCUUUGGUUAGUCAUGGCAAUGCACGAAAAGGCCACAGGUUUGUGAUCCUCAUUAUUCUUCCUCUCUUGGUGGCCUUGUUUCUUUUAUCUGUAAUCAUCGGCAUCUCUUACUUUUAUUACCAAAGAAGAAGAAAUAUAGAGAAAGGGGUUCUUGAAAGGAGCAGCAAAAAUCUAUUUUCAAUAUGGAAUUAUGAUGGGAUUGCCGUGUUUGAAGAUAUCGUAGAAGCAACAGAGGGUUUUGAUGAGAAAUACUGCAUUGGAAUUGGAGGGUAUGGGAAAGUUUACAAAGCAAAUCUACCAACAGGCCAGGUAGUGGCUGUAAAGAAACUUCACCCACUAGAAAGUGGGGAUCAAUCAGAUCAAAAAAGUUUUUGGAAUGAGAUACGAGCAUUAACAGAAAUCCGCCAUCGCAACAUUGUGAAGCUUUAUGGCUUCUGUUCCCAUGCUCGAUGCUCGUUUCUAGUCUACGAGUACAUGGAAAGGGGAAGCUUGGCUAGUAUCCUAAGCAACGAUGAAGGAGCUGCACAGUUGGACUGGACUCUAAGGGUGAAGGUUAUUAAAGGAGUGGCCAAUGCUUUAUCUUAUAUGCACCAUGAUUGCACCCUGCCGAUUGUCCAUCGAGACCUUUCAAGUAACAACGUUCUAUUUAAUUCCGAACUUGAGGCGUUUGUCUCUGACUUUGGCACUGCACGAUUGCUGAUACCGGGUUCAUCCAAUUGGACUAUGCUCGCAGGCACAUAUGGUUAUGUCGCUCCAGAGCUUGCAUAUACAAUGAGGGUGACUGAAAAAUGCGAUGUAUAUAGCUUUGGUGUUGUGGCACUUGAAGCGAUUAUGGGAAGGCAUCCUGGGGAGCUCAUCUCCUCUUUAUCGUCAUCAAGUAAUCAAGAUACACUGCUAAAGGAUAUGUUGGACCAACGUCUCUCGGAUCCAAUGGCUGAUGUUGCGCAGGAAGUCGUAUUUGCAGUGUCCAUUGCCCUUGCAUGCAUUUCACCGGAUCCAGACUCUCGACCAACCAUGCACCACGUGGCUCAGGAGCUAUCUGUUGGUGGGCCUUCUUUCUCUCUAGAGCCACUCCAUGAACUUACAUUAUGUCAACUGAUGGAUCUCAAGGUAUGAUUGGGUGGAUGAAAAUCAUCCAGGUUGUGGGCGUGUAGUGGAAAGAACAUUAUUACUGUGUGUUUAUUGUAUGAAAAUCAUUGAGCACAAAGAAGGUUUUUUUUUUUAUUGUUAUGAUAUGUACAUUGUUCAGUGUGUAGAAUUGAUGUGUAUUUAGAAUGUAAAUUUUUAAGAUUGUGAUCGAAAUCCAAAUAUAAUAAAAGUAGGUUGAAAGAAUAAAGAUGUUUUCUUGUA